CUAAGGGAUUUGUUCCAUUCAUUGACAGUAUUUCAACAGGAAGAUAAUUGCUUUGAGUAUAACAGUCCAACAUAAGUGAUUUAUAUAAAGGGCCAACAGGCCAAGUGUGGGAUUAUAUAGUUGUAACUUCCUCGUACAAAUGAGCGACUCAUUUAUUGAGUGGUUCAACAUGAUAUAUACAUUGUUGUCAACUGUAGUGAUUCUUCAUUAUAUAUUGUUGAAUCCAAACUGUUGAACAAAAAAGAGCUAAAACAACAACAGGAGAUCUAAAUGCAUUUCAUUUAUAAUAAUAAGCCACUUAAGAGCAAGUAGAUAAAAGUAUUUUUUGAGAACAUUAAGUAGUGGUUACAAGGAUGUCAAAAACAACAUCAAAAUAGGAUUGGUUAAAUAUAUUAAAGAUACUGAAGUGUGAAUUCUCUUGUAACUGUAUUUUUUGUAUUGCUUUAUGUUUCUUUUUGGGAAUAACUAUCAAUGAACAUUUAAUGUUGCCUAAAUUAAUGAAAGCGAAACUGUACAAUUGGAAGUUGAAUAAGCACUGUGCUUGACAUUAAGAUAAUUCCUAGGAAAGCUGUUCUUUACUUGGAAUAUUAGAAGCAGAUUGUCAGCACUUUCAGCAUUCAUGAUGAUGCGGAUGGAAUAUGAUGAUGAUAUGUACUUUCCUGACCAUGGCGGUUUCCCAGAAGAAACAAGCCAUAAUGAUUUUCUGUAUCAAGAUUCUUCAAUGGUGGAGAUGCGAAACAAGCAGCGACCACGACCAGCAAGGCCCGUCACUUCGCCUGGUAAUCUUGAACAUCUUGUUUCUCCUCUGUCCCAUCAGCGCUGUAACAUGGUACCGUCACCGAGUUCCCCACCAGUGUAUGAGCAUCGUUUUGUCGAACCAGAAUCGCCGAUGGUUGCUAAGCGGAUUAAUUUGAAGCUCGACACCCAGUCGCUGAAUAACUCUCCUGACGUGAACAGGAAAACGGAAAGGAAGAUUCCUUUACUGCAUCGGUACAAAAGCAUGUCGCCGACAAUGGGUCGGAAGACGAUAAGUGAAAAGCUUUCGCCCUCUUCUCUCAGGAAAUCGGUGAUCUUACGCAGUUCUAGAAAAUCUGAACCUAUUAACAUUGAGAUGUGCCAGGUGUGUGGGUUUCCUCUGAAGGAAGACAACCGGAUCUCAGUAACAGGAAAGGGUGGGAAGCGCAGGCAUUUCCACGGCCAGUGCUUCAAAUGUUCCAUAUGUGAUGCUUCACUGACUUUAAAGAGUUACAAGAAGCAGAGUAUGGAUGGACAGCUGUACUGUGAGUCACAUCUGCCCACAACGCCGAAAUCCAAGAUGGAGGACAAGUCCAAGAAAAACGUUGGUCCUGACUUCAUCGACCUGAUUAUUCGUCUCCAAGACAACCGGAUAGAAGACCAGCGCUGUGAUAUCUCCAACUUCAAGGCGCCCGACUUCUACGAAAUGCUUUUGAAGUUUCAAAGUCGUCGCUACGAAGAUCAGCGCUGCUCGCUCCCGCUAGCGCUGCAGGUACAGACAGAGGAAAGGCUGAAUGGCAAGAAGGAUACUGACACUGUUAAAGAGCUUCUGAGUCGCCCAGGCCCCUACCCGAUGGUCCAUCUGCCCCCGGGGUGCAUGUUUACCGUCCAUCCGGGCGUCCUGGGGCCAGACCCAGGGGAAGAGAACUCCAGGGUCAUCGCGACCUCUGGGUUGGAGGACGGCUCACACUGCUAUAGGAACCACUUUCUGGGAACUGAACAUUUCAAUUGCUACACUCUAGAUGAAGGUGUAGGGCCCAUGAUUUUGUCUUUUAAAGAAGAACACAUCAAUUCGCAGCAACAGAUCCGCUGCAUUUUAAGAACUCGUACUGGUACCCAACACUGUGUGUUCCCGUUGCACUCAGUUGACAAUGUGCCAAGUCCCAUGCGACUCGCAAAGUUGAUGUGCGAGGAAUACUCUGGUGAAAGGUUCCAGCCUGUGCUGACUACGAAAGGCUCAGAGAUGAUUGUUCAGUAUGAUGAACACAGGCUCACCAACAACUACAAGUUUGGCAUCAUCUAUCAGACAUUUAAGCAGACACACGAGGAAGAACUGUUCGGAAACGUAACCCAUAGCAACGCCAUGGAGGAGUUCCUACAAUGUAUAGGCCGAAGAGUGGCGCUGAAAAACUUUGAGGGCUACAGAGGUGGUCUUGACACCACCCACGGGCAGACGGGUCUAGAGUCGCUGUACACCAAAUUCCACAGUCGAGAGAUCAUGUUCCAUGUGUCCACCAUGCUGCCCUACACUGAUGGGGACGCUCAACAGCUGCAACGGAAACGCCACAUUGGAAAUGACAUUGUUGCCAUAGUCUUUCAAGAGCAGAAUACUCCGUUUGUACCCAGCAUGAUUGCCUCACACUUCCUGCAUUGCUACAUUGUAGUUCAGCCAAUCAACCCCAACACCAAUCACACUCAAUACAAGGUCACUGUAACUGCAAGGGAGGAUGUACCAUGGUUUGGUCCUGCCUUACCGCCAGAUGGAAUAUUCAACAAGGGUGAUGAGUUCAAAGAUUUCCUGCUGUCCAAACUGCUCAAUGCUGAGCUGGCGUGCUUCAAGGCUGAACAGUUUGCCAAACUAGAGGAAAGAACCAGAAUGGCUCUGCUAGAAUGUCUGUAUCAGGAUCUGCAGCGUAAGAGCUGUGAGAUGUUUGGGGUCAGUGUUCCCUCAAAUUCCAAAGAAGGUGCUAGAUUCAUUGAUUCGUUUCGUAAAACCUUUGGCAGUCGACCAAAAUCCAGCGACCCGCUUACACCAACGAAUUCCAGUCGAAAAUCCAAUGGCUCACUGUUGUCUACAGUUGGAGAAAACGAGAAAAUUUCGCCAUCAACACCAAAGAAAGGGAUUCAAUUUUCCAAUUCGAGCAGCUUAGAGAGAAAAUUUAAGGACAAAAGUUGCGUGUACAGAUUGGACAGUCAGAGCACGCAGUCGUCCUACAAAACAUGUGGCAGCGCCCCUUGUAGUCCGCAGUCUAGUCCCAGUAGUUCGUCCACCCAUUCCCGGGUGCUACAUCAUCCACAAGUGUCCCCCUCCGCCUCCGAGUCCAGCUUCAACUCCAUGGAGGACUUCACACCAAACAGCACAACACAGUGCCAGGAAGACUCAGAUACUGGCAUGGAGAGCAUGUCAUCUACUGGUACCCCCAACACACAGAUCAAGGCUGGCUCCCUGUCCAGCAGCUUCACAGAGGAACACUGCCAAAACUGUAACCAGGACUCAAACAACUCUUCUGCUUUCGUAACAUCUGAUGGUAGCUUGACACAGGUUGAUAAACUGAAAAUUGAGAUUCAGAGGUUGAAAAUGGACAAAAAUGAGAUACUUCGGCAACAGUCGGUGAAUCAACGUGAAAAUCGUGAGCUUAGAGAGAGACUCUCCAGUACACAGAGGGAACUUCAGCAAUUUAAAAUGAACAUGAUAGAGAUGAGUGAUGAAGCUCAAGUUUAACCCCGUUACCUAGACCUGACCUUGUGACUUUUGACCUUUUUUGGUCAUGUGACCUUUGAACCUCCAUGGGUCAUAUUAUCCCUGGUCUCUACAGAUAGUGUUACCUAUAAUGGUUUGAAAAUUAUCAAAAAAUAUUAUGUGAUGUUUUAUUGGCCCAGUGCGUGAGGUCACUGACCUGUCCAUGUUUUGUGUAAUUAAAUCCCUUUAUGGGAUAUACCUCCCCUGGUAAACAACGCUUGACCUCUUCACAUCAUUUGACCUUUGCCCUGUCAAGGUCAUACAAUGCUUUGACCCCACAAAUUGUUGUGACCUUUUAUUGAACAUUCAUAUUACUCACAAAUGCUACUAGACUUUAUUCUGGCAGAGAUUAUUAUUAUGGUAGAUACUACUAAGUGGUGCUGAUGAAAAUGGGAUGAAGCGGCGUCCUUAAGUGAGGCUGUGUGCUUUGUUGCCAUGUUAUGACAUGGAAUGGUGUCUAUGCCUUUCCAAACAUGUAUAACAGCCCUAUAUUGCCAUGUAAGGAUUUUCCUGGGACAGAUCAUGAUCCAGGAAUAUUGCAUUGCAGUGUUGUGUAACCAUACAUUUUGACUUUCUGUGACACAAUCCUGUUGUUAUGGUUUGUCUAUAAUAAGUGCAUUGAACCUGAGUAUUUAUGAGCUGUAUUUAAUUUUACAAUUUAAGUACCCACAAUGCCCUAUGCCGAAUAAUUGUCUAUUGGGAAUUUUAUAAGACUGAAGAAAUUGUAAUUAUCAGUUUUUACAAUUAUUAUUUGAGCAUUCUAAAGUGAGUGACAUUGUUUCACUACCAGCCAUAGAGAACACAGUGAUACUGGAAGAAGCAGUGACGGAUUCCAAUACAAGAGAGCAAUCAAAAACCAGUAUUUGGCCUGUGUUGGUUGGAUACAUUUGAUUUGUGCAAAGAUCUAUCACAAACAUUCUGCUUUGAAGAGAACAAAUGAAGUUCUAACAAUCAGCCAUGGUGCAAUUUCAUUUGUGUAAAUGUUACAUUGCAUUAUUUCGUCUUUUUUUCUUGCUUUUUUCAGCAUGAAUGCGUAACAGUUGAGCAUUUGUGUAUUUGAUAUUUGUGUUACUAUGGUAUAUAUACAUGUGUUUAUAUACACAUAUAUAUAAUUCUAUAAACUGCUAUUUAGUGUGCAAUGUUAUUGCUAAUGACUGAAUAGUAUCUGAAAAUGAUAUAGAGUAUUUACAAUUUUAUACUCGAUUUCUAGUGAUUGCAAAAUCAGGUGUUUAUGAUGAUUAAUUUUUGUUUAAAAAACAGAAUAUUGAUAUAAUUUUGCAGAUUUGUAAUUAAAAAUAAUUAAAAGUCUUAAACAAGAUGUUUAUAUGAUGUCUGUUUAUAAGUAUUUCAUAUGCUUCUGUGAUAAACUGUGUAAUGUGAACUAGCUAGUAUGAAAUCCAAACAUAAGUUGUAUUGUUUAAUAUUAUUUGUUUUACUGUUACAUAUUAUAGAAUAUAGUACUGUUGUUGAUUGUUAAAAAAAAUCUACGCAUUCAUUGAAUUCAUUUGAAUGAUCUAUGGCAGCUGCUGUAAGAUAAGUUUAAUAUGAAAUUUUCUAGUUUAAUAUGUGACAAGUUUUAUAAGUUGGAAAAAGGUUUAUAGAUGAACACCAUAAGCAUUAAGCGAUUGUAACAAUUUUAGUGACGUUAUAAAUAACGCACAGUGUACUGCAAUUUGUUUAAUUAUAUUGAUGACUUUAAUAUUUAAAAUAUACCCACAUGACGUGAAAUUUUAAGAAUAUUUAGUCAAAUUUUAAGAAUAUGUAGUCAAUUUAAGGCAAAUACAUUAUUCAAAUAUACUAAUCUGAUGUUUAUAACUUGAUAGGCAUAAAUUAAUUUAAUCAAAUGCCACAAGUUGUUUCCAUUAUGUAUACUUUUGUUUUUUGCCCAAUCUAUUUAAUAGUACAUUUGUGGCGUAUAAGUGGUUAAAGAACUUUGAGUUAUUCAGCUUUAUGCCUGUUCAAGUUAAUAAAAUAUGAGUUAUUAUUACUUGAUAAUAUUUAUAAUAAUACUCUAACAAUUAUUCACAGAGUAAGGUCAUGCUCACAUUAAUUACGUCAUCCCUCUAUUUCAUUGAACAUUGAGUGAAGACAUUGCAUCCACAAAGCUAACAAGGGCAAUUAUUAAGUCACAUGUAAAUGAAAUACAUGCCUUCAUAUAACAUUUCAUGUAUGAACGUCAAUAUGUCAUACUUGGUAUGUUAUUUAAAUAAGACUUAUCUUUUAAUUUUAAUUUUUCCCAGAAAAAAAUGUUUAGGCCUUAAUUUGGCGGAGUCUUAUGUGUCAGAAAAUUUUCGGACUUUUGUUUAUUAGGCUGAAGCUUAAUGAUGCAGCCUGUUACCUUUUAAAGAGCCACCUGUUGUUGCACACAUGUUAUAUUUUUUGUAUUCUUUUUUCCGAAUGAAUACAAUUGGACAAUGUUAAUAUUCCAUUUAAUAAUUUUAUUUAGAAAUAAUUAUGAAUAUAUCUCAUGAGCAAGAAAGUAUUGCAUUCCCAUAAAUAAGAUGAGAAUUGUUGAACUGUGAUUUCUAGUCUCCAAACUAAGAGAACAAUCAUUUAUGGUAUGGUUUCUAUGAAUGAAUGCAACCCCUUAUCUCCAUAUUAAUUUUAUUUUUGUUUAAAAAGAUAGCAUGCCACAACAGCAACAAUGAUUAAGCGAAAAUUCAGAUCGUUGAAAGUGUACCAAAAUUUGACGUGUAAUACAACUUAAAAAUAAUAUUUGAAGAUUAUGUUAACCUAAUAUAAUGUCUUGUUGGUAACAUUACAUACAUAUUUAUUCCUUCAUUUAAAUUCUUGUAUGGUCGAUAUGCAUUGCAUAUUGUGCAAGUAUUUGAUGACCUAUGUGCGUACGUGAGUACAUGUAAAUGUUGCCAAGGCGAUUUCUGUAUGAUCUACAUGGCUUGCGUGGUUCAUACACAUUGUUUUUACAUAUUAAUGUUAUAACCGUGAUUAUUUUGCUACAACAUAUAUUAUGCUACAUAAGUAUUUUGCUAUAUUUUGGAGAUUUCUGUAAAUAUAAAUUCUAGUCAAGGUAUUUGGUGGCGUGUAAAUAGUUAUUACAUCUUUGAUUAGUGCUUCAUUAUUUAUUUCGUUAUGAAUACCAUUAACUAAUUAAAUGUUGAUUAAAUU